AUGCAGUCGGCGACGCAUAUCAACGAUCUUCCCAACGACGUCCUCGCUAAGAUACUAUGGCACUGCGAGGAGAACACAUCUUGGCUUUCCGACAGUGACGCGUUAUGGUCUCGCCAUCUAUUGUGGCCGAAGCCACAGUACCUUCGCUCAAUCCCGAUCGACGAAGAUUCCAGCCCCGAGGAAGAGACGACUCUAAUUCCAACUCCCUCCGCCAUUCCAAGCGCUGCCAAGAUCGCCCUCCUCUCCUCCGUGUGCCGUCGUUGGCGCGCUCUAGCGAAGCGAGACGUCUCCACCCUCCUCGUGGAACGAAAUCGCGUCAUUUCCCUCCAAGAACUCUCGCACGCCGUCGCUCGCUUCCCGAACCUCACCCACCUCCAUCUGUGCGACGGCAGCGUUGAAACCCUAGACGACAACUUCCUAUCUCACCUCGCAUCGUCAUGUCCCAACCUGAGAAUCCUCCACGUAGGAAGCGAAAUCACGCACGAUCCGGGCUACGCCGGAUGGAAGCAUCAGCACCCGAUCACCGAAGCGGGCCUGGAUCGGUUCUUCAAGCAAUGCUCUCAGCUGGAGCAGCUUUCACUCCUCUGCCUCCAUUUGGACGUGGAGCUACCGCCUUCUUUCUUCCACCUAACACGCCUACACACCCUCGCCUUAACAACCGCCUCCGCCUUAGAAGAUCCAGAUCUGGAAAGCCUCACCGCUCUCACCACUCUCCAUAUCGCCUCCGUGGAGUUGAGCAUUGAGCAGCUCUCGAAUGUGCGUCGCCUUCCCAGCAUUACCACCCUCUCCGUCUCUACCCGGACGAGCUUUUAUCCUGACGACCCAGGCUCGGCUGAGUUCACCAUCGCACAUUGCCUCGAGUUUCGCUGCCUGCCCGAAAACGUUGGGAGAUUAUCUGCCCUGAAAACUCUGGUUCUGGAGAAGCUGCCGCUGUCAAGCCUCCCUGACUCCCUCUGCCAGCUCAGCGCCUUGGAGACCUUCUUUCUGCUCUGGUGCGAGCCGAUCCACGAGCUGCCAGCAGGGUUCGACUGCCUCACAGCUCUCAAGACCCUUUGCCUCGGACGAGUGGCGCUUCCAGUAGACAUAGGACGGCUGUGUAACCUCCAGACGCUUCUUGUGAGAGAGAGCUCUCAUCAGCGCCAUCUCCCGUCCUCCUUAACCGAGAUCUCCUCGCUGACAAGGCUGGAGCUGGAGCUGUGCCACGUGGAAGCGCUUCCAGAGGGCGUGGGAGAGCUGAGCAACCUGCGGGAGCUGCACGUCUCCUGCUGCUCGCAUCUCACGGCCCUUCCAGCGUCGGUGACGUGCCUGACUCGCCUCGAAACUCUCACACUCUCCGGCUGCAGAGAGCUCGCCUUCGUGCCCACUGGGUUGGACGGCCUUACAAGGCUCAAGCAGCUGGUGGUGACUUGGUGUGACGCGCUGAAGCACCCUCCUCAGGUCCUGCUGGCCUCGCUUGAAGUGCUCAGCUGGGGAAGCUUCAGUCAUGCCAUGGCUCUGCCCGAUCUCUCCAGGCUGACGGGGCUUCGGACACUUUGCCUGAACAGGGUGUCUGUGGCGUGUGGGAAAGCUGUGAGCAGAAGCCUGUCUCAUUUGGAGCAUUUAAGGCUCACGUUGGCAAACGAUGCCGAGGAGCUUCCCUUCGCUCUGACGUUUCUUUCUCGGCUGCGCACCCUGAUUGUUCAGGGCGCGGGACACGUCCAAAGGCUGCCGCCCGAUAUGGGGACGGUGUUGCCGCAGCUGCGGAAGCUGAAGCUUUGCGCGGACGAGUUGAGGGAGCUGCUAGCGAGUGUCACAGCUCUUGAGAACCUCACGAGCUUGGAGGUUCACUAUGCGUCCCAACUGGCCUCUCUCCCAGAUGGCAUCGGUGCCUUGUGUCGGCUUCGGCAGCUGCAACUCCUUUUCUGCGAGCAGCUUGAGCAGCUGCCUGCCUCUCUCACCUGCCUUACCUGCCUGAACGAGCUGGCAAUUCCGCACAGCUCCAUCCGCUCCCUGUGUCCCAACUUUGCGCGGCUUACGCGACUCAAAUCUCUGAGCUUGUCGGGCUGUGCGAAGCUGCAGGCGCUGCCAGGGGAGAUGAGUGAGCUGAAGAAAGCGGGUGAAUCAUAG